AUGGCGAGCGCGGCGCCCGGAGAGCAGGGCGCGCCAGGAUGCCCGGCGCCGGCGCGCGGGGAGCCCGAGCCGGAGCCGCAGCCCGAGCCCGGGCAGGAGCCGGAGCCGGAGCCGGAGCCCGGGCCGCCCACGUCCCCGGGGGUCGGCGGGCAGGACGCACCCGGGCGGCGGCCGCAGCCGGGGGAGACGCGGGCGGACGAGGCCGCGGCCCGGGUGGCGGCGGCGGCGCGCUGGCUGCUCGGGGAGCCCGCGCUGUGGCUGGGCGGCCGCGCCGACGAGCUGCUGAGCUGGGAGAGGCCGCUGCGCAGCCUGCUCGGCUUCGCGGGCGCCAACCUGCUGUUCUGGUUCCUUGCAUUGACUCCUUGGAGAGUUUACCACCUGAUUGCUGUCAUGAUGCUUGGGCGUGUUAUCAUGCAAAUAAUAAAGGACAUGGUUUUGUCUAGGACGAGAGGAGCGCAGCUGUGGAGGAGCCUCAGCGCAAGCUGGGAAGUUAUCAAUUCCAAGCCAGAUGAAAGACCAAGGCUCAGCCACUGCAUUGCAGAAUCAUGGAUGAAUUUCAGCAUAUUUCUUCAAGAAAUGUCUCUUUUUAAGCAGCAGAACCCUGGCAAGUUCUGUCUCCUGGUCUGCAGCGUGUGCACAUUUUUCACCAUCUUGGGAAGUUACGUGCCUGGAGUGGUACUCAGCUACCUACUGUUACUGUUUGCAUUUUUGUGUCCACUGUUUAAAUGUAAUGAUUUCGGACAAAAAAUAUACAGCAAGAUCAAGUCAGUUCUAUUGAAACUAGAUUUUGGAAUUGGAGAAUAUAUUAACCAGAAGAAACGUGAGAGAUCUGCGGCAGAUAAAGAGAAAAGUCACAAAGAUGACAGUGAACUAGACUUCUCAGCUCUUUGCCCUAAGAUUAGCCUCUCAGUGGCUGCCAAGGAGUUAUCCGUGUCCGACACAGACGUCUCGGAAGUUUCCUGGACGGAUAAUGGGACCUUCAACCUUUCAGAAGGUUACACCCCACAGACGGACACUUCGGAUGACCUGGACCGGCCUAGUGAGGAAGUUUUCUCCCGAGAUCUUUCUGACUUCCCAUCUGCAGAAAACGGCACGGGAACAAAUGAUGAAGACGAAAUAAGCCUGGGCUUGCCAGCCGAGCUCAGAAGCAAGCAGCGGCCGAUGGAUGGCGGCCACAGACCAAGCCGAGAGCGGCCAUCAGCAGCCGGGCUCACGCUUCCUCUGCACGGAGACCGGGCCUUGCACUUGAUGAGCAGCCUGGCUGGAGACGUCAUCACGGCCGCCGUGACCGCCGCCGUCAAGGACCAGUUAGAGGUCACCCAGCAGGCCCUUGCCCAGGCUGCCCCAAGCCCAGGGGAGGACACAGACUCUGAAGAAGGUGAUGACUUUGAACUCCUUGACCAGGCAGAGCUGGAUCAGAUUGAGAGUGAAUUGGGACUUACACAAGACCAGGAGACAGAAACACAGCAGAACAAGAAGUCUUCCGGCUUCCUUUCAAAUCUCCUCGGGGGCCAUUAGCCUGGGGGCCAGCUUGCCGCAGAGCAUAGAUGAACCACCAAAAAAUUUCAGACAAGCAAAAAAAAAAUAAUAAUAAUAAUAACAAUAAAAAAGACAAAAAAGGGAAAAAUUGUGAACUAUAGCUUUAAUGAUUACUUUAGAUUUUUUGUUUUUUCCCCCUUCUGCAGUGAAUUGGAUAUAUAUCAGCUGAUACUGAUAGAUUGAUAUUUCUGAUAGUUUUAUGUAAUAAGCAUGGAAAUGAUCUUUAUAUAUACAUAUCUACACACACACAUACUGUGGUAUCAGAAAUGAUUAGGGGUUGUUUUUAAAGCAAAAGAAAACACCAAGAUCCUUCCACAAGUAUUAUUUUUUUCAUAAUUAAUUUCCAAGCAUGCAAAAGUACCUCACUGAAAAGUAGUAAUUGUGAAUACAUGCUGUCAGCUCCCUUAUUUCGAAUACUUGGAAGCAGUUUUUUAAAAAGCUGAUAGAUUUUAAUGUACAAAGAAAUUAUGACGGUGUCUUCAUCGAAGGACUUGGGAAAUGCUAUCAAAAUUAAUUCCUAGGAAAAAUUUGAAAAAUAUACUUCAGUACUAUUGCUAGGUGGAAACAUUUCCAUGUUAUUUCUGCAGUUGUAGACAUAGGCUUACUUGAAAAGUGGCAUGCUCCAUUGACCACGGUAUGUAGUCUUGCAAGGGGUGGCCCUGAGCCUCACUAAGCAAGGAGUUAAGUAUCAUAUGAUGGUUAUAAUCAAAGGUUGGGUUGUUUUGUUGUUCUUUUCACAAUAUGUUUGUUGUCCACAAGGACGUCAUGAAGGCAGAUCUAUUCUGCCUGCUCAGACUGAAGUGUAAUCUUCCCCUUUUAUCUUGUGUCUUGGAGUCUCCUAAGAUUGCAGAACUAGUUAUCCUUUGAUGAUGUUAUCAGCAGUAAAGAAAUAACUGUUCCUAGUCUGUAUAGAAGAGAGGACCUUGUGUUGGGCUUACCAUGUAUUUAUUUGCCAUUGCAGUCUAAAUAUAUAUCUAUUUCUUAUUGGGGAAGAAAUUGAGCUAGAAGAUAUUUUUCCUUAAAACUUUUUAAGAUCACCUUUAAAUAAUCAAAUUUGACUUACAGCUUCUAGCAACCUAAAAAACUGAAACUAAGAUAGUUGUUUUUUGUAAUAUAAACUUUUCAUAGUGUUGAGGGACCAUGUCAGCAACUAUCAAAGCUCUCUUCAAUCUUCAGUUAUGGCUGGCAUUUCUAUAUUAUAUUAUAUGUGAGACCUUCCAAGAGGUAGGAUGAUCCAAGAAUAUACAAAAUUGGUAUUCUCCUUUUUAAGCUUCACCCCUUUUAGUCCUAAAGACUAAUUUUAAGUGACACAACAUUUUAAUUAAUCUAGCAUCUAUUAUUUAUUUUUUCUUUCUGAGGUAUUAAAAUAUCUAGACUGAAUUCUGCCAAAUAUCACAGGGAGAGAAGUCCCUGAAGACUUUGAACACUUGCUUUUUGUGACUGACGAUGCUUACGUGUCAUUGGUGCCUCAUGGCUGUGUUGGAUGUCCCGUAUUGACAUAAAGUGAGCCUGUGCCUUCAUUAUCUUGCCCAUUUUGGUACAAAUGUACAUUUGUGUUAGAUAAUCUUGGAACUUGUAAGUCUGGGAAGAAUAUAUCUGAAUCGUGUUCAAUAAGUUUCUGGACAUGAAGAAAAAUACAGUCGCAUAUUUAUAAAAUAGCUGUUACCAGUAUCUGUUUUUCUUUUGUAUGUGUGUGCUGUGUGUGACAUUGUAUGUGUAGCUGGGUGCGCUCCGUGCCCUCUUGUGGCAGUUGGAGACCAGUCGUCUAGGUGUUUGCUGGAGAUGGAGUCUUUCACUCCAUCUCCAGCUGCCCUUGACUGUCAGCAGGCCCUAGCAAUUCCCUGGUCGUCGACUCCUAUGGGAACUUAGACAAAUAGCAAUGUUCCGCCAUGUCUCUACAACCUAAUAAAGAAUGGAUUGUAAGGCUAGAGUGAAAGGUAGUCGUUAAAAUAUGAACUUAAAAGGUGUAGAGGUUCAUUUCGUGCAAAAAGUAAGUGCCAAGCAAAACCACAUAAUGGGAACAGCAGACAUUUACCAUGAAUUUUGUAUACAACAAUAAACAGUGUUCAAGAAACUG